AGAGAGAGGCAAAGAGAGAGAGGGAGAGAAGUAGAGCGGCGUGCGGCUCGUGCAGAUUUCAGUGACACCACGCAGCACGCGGAGGACUUCGCAGAUUGAACGGAGAGCUUUAUUUAAACUCUGUCACUGAAACAAAAACAAAGAGCAGGAGAAGAAGAAGGAGUAAAGGAGGCAGGAGAAGGAGAAGAAGAAGAAGAAGUGUCGGGAGAGAGGAGGAGGAGGAAUAUCCCCCAAAACGCAACACGUAUCCGGUGGAUCCAGAGAGAGAGAGACGCGGCUGGAGCAGGAGAAGAAGGAGAAGAAGGAGAAGAGGAAGAAGAAGAAGAAGAGGGGGAGACAUUUGACAUUUUGACGCCUGUCGCGACGCGUUUUUUCACUGAGUCGUUCAGAGGAAUAAUGAGGAACGUUUGGAUAAUUUUGACCCUCGGCCUCGCUGCCGUCCUCUCCGGGGAAAGGAUAGCAGAAGCAGCCAAGUCGUCCUCUCAGGCUGAUGACUUGUACCUGGAUGACACAGGCUCAGGAGGUUAUUACCCUGAAGAUGAUGACGACUUUAACUCCGGGUCUGGCUCAGGAGUGGGUGAAGAAGUGGUGAAGGAAACGGUGACUAUCAGCGCGGUGUAUUUCGAGCCCAACGCGGCACAGCCCACCCAGGACUCCACCAAAGAUUUCACUCCCAGGGUGGACUCGGCUACGGUCAGGGAAAAGACACGCGACAGCACGCCCAGGAAACCAUUCAGAACAGAGGCACCAGUGCCAGUCACAGAGGACAUGCAGAAGAUCACCAGUACGACCAGUGCCCCCGACUCACCCCUGCAGCCCGUUGAGGUUCACACUGAAAACCUCUUCCAGAGGACAGAGGUGUUGGCAGCUGUUAUCGCAGGCGGCGUGAUCGGCUUCCUGUUCGCCAUCUUCCUCAUCCUCCUGCUCGUCUACCGCAUGAGGAAGAAGGACGAGGGCAGCUACGACCUGGGCGAGAGGAAACCCUCCGGCGCAGCCUAUCAGAAGGCCCCGACCAAGGAGUUUUAUGCAUAAGGUCCCGCCUCCCCACCUCCCAUCACCACAUUGACAAAUCUCAAGUGACUGUUGGAAGAAAAAAGAAAAGAAAAACGCAGUCCACAACAACAACAACAACAAAAAUCUCUUCACACACAGCAAGAAAUGACAAAAAACAAUUGUUUUCAAAGUUGAUUAUGGAAAAAUAGCUUAAAGGAAAAGCUUUUGCAUAGAGUAUCGUAGGUGAGACCUUUUCUUUCUUCUUUUAAAAAAAAAAAAUGAAAACCAAGCAUUUCUCAUUUUAUGGCAAAUCUCAGUGUAUUUAAACAUUUUGUGUAUUAUUUGAAAAAGGCUGGAAAAAAAUAAAAUAAAAACAGGAUUUUAGUCGCUGACUACUUUUAACUGUAGCAGUUUGUUAUUUGUAAAGAAAAACAAUUUAAAAGUGGAGAUAAUUGAAACAUAAUUAUCCUGUAUCAAUCCUACGUUCAAUUUUUGUUUUCAUUUUUCUUUUGUCCUAGCAUGUCUGAUGUUAAUCUCUAAAGGUGUACUACAUUAAUUUAUCUUUUCUCUGAUGUUUAAAAAAAAAAAAAUUGCCUUUGUAGUUUUGAUGAAGCUUUUUGAUCUUCAUAUUAACGCUGUUAAUGGUCAAUGUAAAUGUUUCUCCCCUUCAGGUUACAGUGUUUAUUAUUUGCUCUCACAUCCGUUUUUUUUUUUGUUUUUGUUUUUUUAGUCAAACGUGAGCGUUUCAUUUUGUCUUGUUGAUUUUGUUCGUCUCUUUCUCGGUGUAGCCUUUCUUUUUUUCUCGACAGCGUUUUUAUUUUCUUAACCAGGAAUCGGUCUUUACAAAAAAAGAAAGGAAGAAAUAAUAGUGUGUCAGGGCUCGAUGAAUAAUCACAAACCUUGUUUCUCCUCUUUUCUAUUUAAAUGCAUUCUCUCUCUCUUUCUCUCUCUCUUUCUCUGACAUUGCACAUUCACUGCUUUUGCUUCGAGCAGCUUUGUGUGUGUCAAGCGUUUUUCGGGGGUGACGUUUUCUUCUCUGUGGCUUGUGGUGUUUUUCCGGCCCAUAGCCACCUACGUCCUCAGCGUGUCCCUUCACUUUACUGACUGCACCAGAACUCUGCUAACACCCCCCCCCCCCUCCCUCCCUCCCUACCUCUCUCUCUCUUUCCCUCUGUUUACCCUCCCUCACUCCCACCUUCUUUUUAAUCAGACUUGAGAAGGGCCCAGCUACACCUUCCUCCAUCACCAAUCUCUUUUUCUCGUACCUUAACCCCCCCCCCCCAACCCCCACGUCUGUUCUCCUUUCUUGUCACAGGACCUAAGGUACUGAACUACUCUGAAAGAACCCAAAGACUCACAGUAUUUCGACCGACACCUUCUCCCCUCCACCGCGGCCGCAUCAUUUCGUUUCCCCACUCACUCUUUUUUUUUUUCAUCACCCCUUCAUGGUUUUCUUUCCUCUUUCUCUCUUUAUUAGAGAUCUGACCUUUGAGUCCAAUCGCUUAUUAGUAUAUGAAAAGAUAUAUAAAUAUAUAUAAAUGUAUAUUCACAAAUGUUUUAAACCUUCAAAGUGCCUACCAUUUGGAAAUGUACUUGCUCGGGGUGAGCAUGUGGCGGGUGUGUACACAAAGGAGGGGUGUAAACGACUUGACUGGCAUUCUGUGAGCAUGGAUGACUGUAAUGGUAACUUUUUUUUUAGUCUUACAAAAGCUGACAGUAUUGUACCUAUAAAUUGAAACAACACUACUGAAUAAACAUUGUGGCCUAAUACCA